GCGUUCGCAACGUAGCUCCAUCUGCUCGUUACUCGAUCCAUGGCUUGGCGCGUCAUCUUCUUCUUCAAAAACCCGGAGCCCAAGACCUCCCCAUUCCGAAACCCUAGUCUCUGCAAUCUCCUCGCUUCCCCAUUCUCCACCUCCUUCCUCAAGACCAAGCUCCCCAAAUCCCUCCGCAAGAAGCGCAAGAAGGAAGACUCCCCUCGGACCAAGCUCGUCCAGACCGUCCCCAAUCGCAUCCCACGCUUGGAGUCCAUCGUCGAGCGGGACUCCCACUUCCGAUUCCUCGCCCGGUCCAAGGACUUCCUCGCCAAGCAGCCCGAGCGCGUCCUCCGCCUCGACGACGCCGGCAAGCUCCACCGCGAGCUCGGAUUCCCCCGCGGCCGCAAGGUCGUCCGCUCCAUCCAGCGCCACCCUCUCCUGUUCGAGGUCUACCGCCACAUCGACAACAAGAUGUGGUUCGGCUUCACCGACCUCAUGGAGGAGCUGCUCGAGGAGGAGAGGCGGAUAGCGGACUCGAUGGAAAUCGAUCGGGUCAACAAGGUGCGUAAGCUUCUCAUGAUGUCUGCUAAUAAGCGAAUUGCGCUGAGUAAGAUUUAUCACUGUCGGUCCCUGUUUGGGAUUCCUGAGGAUUUUAGGGAUAGGGUUUUGAACUAUCCGGAUUACUUUAGGGUGGUUGUGGACGACGAUGGGAGAAGAGUGCUUGAGCUGGUGAAUUGGGACCCGCAUUUGGCGGUGAGUGAGCUCGAGAGGGAGUUCGUGGUUGAUGAAGAUGGAGUGAAGAAGGCUUUUCGAUUCCCUGUGAAGCAUAACAGGGAUUUGGAUCUGGACGCGGACGACACGGGGAAGCUUAAUCUGUUGAACACGCUCCCGCUCGUUUCGCCUUACUCGGAUGGGGCGAGCUUGGAUUUGUGGACUCUGGAGGCGGAGAAAUAUAGGGUCGGUGUGUUGCACGAGUUCUUGAGCUUGACUAUGGAGAAGAGGGCGUCUAUACACCAUAUCGUCGAGUUCAAGGAGGAGUUUAGCUUGACCAAGCAUACUUACCAGAUGCUCUUGAAGCAGCCCAGGACCUUUUAUCUGGCGGGAACGGAGAUGAACUGGGUGGUUUUCCUGAAGGAUGCUUAUGAUGAGAGCGGUGUUCUGAUCAGGAAAGACCCGCAGGUGUUGUUCAAUGAGAAGUUAUAUAAGUAUGCUGGAAUGAAUAGUGUGGAACCUGGGAUGAGGAUAUAGAUGGCCGGCUGAGGUAUCAUGACAGUUUUGAAAUUCCGAGCAUCGACAAUAUGGCAGAUGGGGAGUAAUUCCUUGACUUGGACAUCGGGAGGAUCAUAGCAGAUGCCGUUCCCCUUCUGCUUUUGAGUUCAUAGAUUAUGCCCAUGUAAUGUCCUCGACAGUGGAUGCUCUGGUAGGGGCAGAGAGAUUUCGACAAGUUAAGAAUUGGUCAUUUA